UCAUCAUUGCGCGCCGCGUUUCGUGUACUUCCUUCCAGAAAGAGCGUGGUAAAGAUGGCGGAGAAGAACGCAGUGCCGAGUGAUCUUUACAAAAGUGUGUAUUCAUUCCUGCGGGAUAACAAGUUCACCAAGGCGGCGCAACAAUUUCUGAAGCAGACAAAAGUGACCCCUCAAGAUGAAAAUGAAGAAAGUCUCGUCAACAUCUUCAAUUUCUGGUUAAAGUCCCCUGAGGCCAAGAAAAGAAAAGCUCCUCCGUCUUCAGCUAAGAGUAACGGUCCUUCGGCCAAAAAAGCCAAAACCACGAAAGAGAGCUCCAGCAGCGAUGACUCUAGCAGCGAGGAAGAACCAGCUGCAAAACCAACCAAAGCAGCUGCUGCUGCACCUAAGGCAGUUCCUGCUAAGGUAGCAUCAGCAUCUGCUAAGGUAGCAGCAGCAUCUGCUAAGGUAGCAGCAGCAGCAUCUGCUAAGGCAGGAUCCAGCAGCAGUGAAGACAGUGACUCGUCUGAGGAGGAGGAGAAAAGGGCUCCUGCAAAGGCUCCUGUGAAGCAGGCUGCAGCCACACCUGCUGCAGGCAGCACAAGGAAGAAAGACAGCAGCUCCAGCAGUGAGGAAUCUGACUCUGAAGAUGAACAACCUGCAAAAAGCCCGGCUAUAAAAACCACUUCUGGUGCAGCAGCAGCAAAACAAGCUGCUACUGCUAAAGGUGCAGCUCAGAAAAAGCAGGAGAGCAGCAGCAGUGAGGACAGCUCGUCUGAUUCUGAGGAUGAACAACCAACCAAGGCUCCAGUCAAACCAGCCCCCGUGAAAGCAGCUGCACCUGAAUCAAGCAGUGAAGAUUCUUCAUCUGAAGAUGAGGCUCCGCCUUGCAAGAAACCCAAAGCAGGAUCAUACAAUGCUGUACCCCCUCCUCCAUCAGUCCAGACAUCAGCAAAACCUGCAGCUGCGGCCAAACCUGCCGCAGCCAAACCUGCCACAACAAAAAAAGAGUCCAGUUCUGAAAGCUCAGAUUCAAGUUCAGAUGAGGAGGCAAAGAAGACCCCAGCUAAACCUGCCCCAGCUAAACCUGCCCCAGCUAAAGCCACGCCUUCUAAAAAAGAGGACUCUGACUCAGAUUCAUCAAGUUCAGAGGAUGAAGAAGAAGCAAAGAAAACUGCAGCAAAGCCAACUCCAGCAACAAAGAAGGUUGCUGCGAAACCUGCACCUGCUAAAACUCCCCAAACAAAAAAAGCUGAGUCCUCAAGCUCAGAUUCAGAUAGCAGCUCAGAAGAUGAGGCUCCAUCAAAAACUGCCACUAAAACUGUGGCCCUUCAAAAACCAGCUGCUCCCAAAGCCCCAGUCAAGCCUGCAGAGAGCAGCUCAGAUUCUGAUUCGUCUUCUGAAGAUGAGGAACCAUCAAAAGCCAAGCCUGCUGCAAAUAAGACAUCAACCCCAGCUUUAAAAACAACAGCCAAGCCCUCAACCCCGGCUUCAAAGCCUGCUACACCUGCAUCUAAACCUGCUGCAGCAGAGGAAAGUAGUUCUGACUCAGACUCAUCCUCUGAAGAUGAGAAACCAGCCAAGGCCAAGCCUGCUACAUCUAAGCCAGCAACCCCUGCUUCAAAACCUGCUACUCCUGCAUCUAAACCUGCAGCAAAAGAUAGCAGUUCUGACUCUGAUUCUUCUUCUGAGGAUGAACAACCUGCAAAGUCUAAACCUGCAGCAGCUAAACCAACAACCCCUGCUUCAAAACCUGCUAUGCCUGCAGCUAAAGCAGCCCCUGCUGCAGCAGAGGAGAGCAGUUCUGACUCCGAUUCAUCCUCAGAGGAUGAAAAAACAGCUAAAGCCAAGCCCGCAGUAGCUAAAAAAGCAGCCCCCACUCCAAAACCUGCUACCCCUGCAGCUAAACCUGCUCCUGCAGCAGCAGAGAGCAGUUCUGACUCAGACUCAUCCUCUGAGGAUGAGGAACCAGCUAAAGCCAAGCCUGCAGUAGCUAAAAAAGCAGCCCCCACUCCAAAACCUGCUACCCCUGCAGCUAAACCUGCUCCUGCAGCAGCAGAGAGCAGUUCUGACUCAGACUCAUCCUCUGAGGAUGAAGAACCUGCAAAGUCUAAAUCUGCAGCAGCCAAACCCCCCACUCCUGCUGCAAAGCCAAAAACCCCUGCUUCAAAGCCCGCUACUCCUGCAGCUAAACCUGCCCCUGCUGCAGCAGAGGAGAGCAGCUCAGAUUCUGACAGCUCAGAGUCUGAGACUGAGGCCACCAAACCUGCAGUGAAAAAGCAAACUCCAGCUAAAGCAGCAGUGAAACCUGCCCCUGCUGCAAAGACUCCUGCAGACUCCUCCAGUGACGACAGCUCCAGCAAUGAGGAGGAGGAACCCAAGAAGGCAACACCAGCCCCCAAGCCUGCAGCAGCAAAGAAGAAGGAGAGCAGCUCCGAGUCUUCAGACAGCUCUGAUUCUGAAACGGAGUCCAAGUCCACGCCGGCUAAACCUGUCGUCACAAACGGCAAAGCAGCGACACCUAAAAUGACCCCUGCAGCAGCUAAGACUCCAGCAAAGCAAGAGUCGUCAUCUAGUGAAAGCAGCUCUGAGGAGGAAGAAGAAACAAGUAAAGACACCAAAGGACAAACACCUGCUGCGAAAGCAAAGACGACUCCGGUUCCUAAACAGAAAGAGAGCAGCAGCAGCAGCUCUUCAGACAGUUCGUCAGAUGAUGAGGCACCCCAGAAAGCAGCCACAGCUCCCGCUACACCUGCAACCAAUGGUACAAAUGGAAAGACAAAUGAUGAAGAGUCUUCAGAAAGUGAGGAGGCAGAAACACAUGUUAAAACGCCAAAAAACAAAAAGGCAACAACCACACCUCAGACUUUCCCUAAAGCCAACAGAAAGUCCAACGUACCAUUCCGCAGAAUAACAGAGGAAAACAUUGACGUAGACCCCCGUCUUGCUGACAACUCCUUCAAAGCAAAGCUAGGAGCCAGAGGAGACUGGGGCGAGAAAGCCAACGAUGUGCUUAAGUUCACCAAGGGCAAAUCAUUCCGCCACGAAAAGACAAAGAAGAAGAGGGGGAGCUACCGCGGCGGCAACAUCUCCACCACGGUCAACUCCAUAAAGUUUGACAGUGACUGAGCAGCAGCAGCAUCGCAUCACACUUGAACUGUACUGUCCCUUAAGUGAUAAAACUAAACUCUUAUUCCCACGUCUACAUCCUGUCUGUCUGUCACUGCCGUCCAUCAGCUCAGUGACGGCCCAGAGAUGAGCUGGUUGUUCAGCUGCCCUGUGUGUUUGUUACACAGACAGCUUGUUUGAUGUUGUAGCAGUAGGAGGCUGUAACACUGCUCUAACUGCAGAAUCAACUGUUUCACAUCUGUACCAAUUACAGUUAUGGCCACUAGGUGGCAGGCUCUUAAUUCUGAAAGUCCUGUUUCAGGUUCCCCAUUAUUUCCGAUGGCGACAAUAAUGUGUAUGUUGGACAAUUUGUGUAAAACAUUUUUGUAACAUUUCAGUUAUUUUUUUGAAUGGUGUCCAAUCCAGUUGAGUUCCAGUUUUAAUAGUUUAGAUUCCGUGUGGUUGACUCUUGAUUGUUGGGUGUGUACCUGGGCUUCUUUUCUUUACUUAACAUUUAGUGACCUGAAGUUGAUUUUACUGUGUAUUUAUUACUUUUUAUUCCAGUAAGACCAUUCAGACCUUAUGAUCAUGGAAUGUUGGAGCCAUUUUUUUGUCUUUUGUUGUGGAUGAUAGAACACCACAUCAGCCCCUCAGCAUUCUGUUUAACAACUGUUAUCAUUUGCAAAAGUUACAGAGCCAUUUUUUUUUUCAUUAUCCAAAUCAUUUGUACGAAUGUUAAUGACUAUCGCUUUGUGUAGCUGUAAUUAAAAAGCUAACAGACCCAAUAUUGGUGUGACUGAAAAAA